UAGUAUCCCGUUGUCCAUGAAAAGUGUGGCGGAGAUGCGGGCGCUGUUGGUGGGAGUGCUGUUCGUGGGCGUGGUGGCUGGCCUGCCGCCCGCGACCAUCCCAUACGAGACGUGCGACCAGACCUUGACUCCGAGUGAGUGCCAGCUGCGGAGGGCGGAGUGCGGAGUGAUCAACAGCAUUAUGCAGCCAGCUGGAGGCCCGAUCGUCUCCGUGGUCCGUUGCUCGCAGGUGGUUGGUGUGCCAAUCAACCCAGCUGUCUUUUCGACCCUAGGUACGUCCUUCCUGGCCGGGGUUCCUCCCAGCCUGCCCGACUACCUCCAGGCGGACCCGACGUCCCUCGCCGCCCUCAGGUUCUGCGUCCUCAACUCGACUGGCCUCCUUCAGUCUGACGGGAAAAUUGACCGGCCGCAGCUCCUUGCCAAGCUCGACGCCCAGCUGUAUUACGUGCCAACUGUGGCGGCGGCUGUCAAGGAGGCUGUCAAGGCUUGUCCAGAACCUCAGGUGUUCAAGGUGCAGCCCUUCGUCGCCUGCCUCCGGAGCGCCUGCCUGACCGCCCCCGUGCCCUUGCCCCUCAGCGCCGACGAGGUCAACCCCCCCGCGCUGGAUCUGACCCUCGCCAGCCUGCCCACGUCCAUGCCCCUCCCCGGCUACUGGGCCUUCUAGAACAUUCCGGAAGGGCGGGGGAGAUGAGAACUGUUCUUCAACGUCUAAAGGGUUUUGUUCUGGAACAUUCGAGAACAAUGGAGGAGAAAAUAAGGGCUGUCA